AUGCCACAACAACACCGACAACAACAACUCAACGUCAUUGCCCUGAUAUCUGGCGGCAAAGACUCUCUCUACACCAUCCUACACUGUCUUAAAAAUGGACACAAGGUUGUUGCGCUCGCGAACCUCCAUCCGUCUCUGCAGCCACAACGCAGCUCUAAUUAUGCUACAUACCUAACGGCGGGGUCGUUGCGAUGCGACGACCGGGAUGGGGAUGUUGUCCAAAAGGGUAGAGCCGGCGAGGAGGGAAGUAACGGAGAUGGACCGGUUGGCCAAUUGGGGAAAGAAGAGGAGGAGGAGGACGACGACGACGUCGUCGUAGUAGAAGAAGAAGACCUCCACAGUUACAUGUACCAAACAGUCGGCCACAGUAUAAUCCCCCUGUACCAAUCCGCCCUAGACAUCCCGCUCUACCGUGCCCCAAUCCACGGCACAGCCAUCAACACAUCGCGCGACUAUCAGGAACCUCCUCCACCGUCAUCAUCAUCAACAUCAUCAACAGCAGCAGCAGCAGCAGCAGCAGCAGCAGCAGCAGCAGCAGCAGCAGCAGCAGCAGCAGCAGCAGCAACAGACGAAACAGAAUCUAUCUUCCACCUCCUCCAACAGAUACUAACGGUCCACCCAACUGCCAACGCCGUCUGCGCCGGCGCCAUCCUCUCCACCUACCAGCGUACGCGAGUCGAGAACGUCGCCAGCCGUCUGGGAUUGACCACCCUGGCCUGGCUGUGGAUGUACCCAACCCUUCCACCGCCAACGGAACGUGAGUUGGUCCCGCCUCGCUCCCCCGCAGCCAUCGCGGGAUUGUUAGAGGAUAUGGCCGCGUGCGGCUGUGAGGCGCGGAUUAUUAAGAUUGCUAGUGGCGGGCUGGAUGUGGAAGAUUUGUGGGGGGAUGUUACGGGGAAAGCAGACGGGGGCGGCGAUGUGACCAGGAGGAAGUUGGUGAAGGGGAUGGGGAGGUUUGUUGGGGAAGGGGAGCUGGAGGGGGCGGUUUUGGGCGAGGGUGGGGAGUAUGAGACUAUUGCGCUGGAUGGGCCGGGGGUUUUGUGGAAGAGUAGGAUUGUUGUUGAGAGGAUUGAAAGGAGGGUAGGAGAGGGGGGUGUGGCUACUACGAGGAUUAGGGGGGCCAGGUGGAAGUAUGAGGAUGUCGGAGCAGAGCUCCAAGAUCACCAGUCACAUGGUGACAGUGAUGGUAAUGAAAGCUGGAAGGUGGCUGUAUCCCAAAUCAAGGGAGAAAAUAUCUGGACUAUCUCAAACGUCUCUGCCCCUGAAAUUGGCUUGGGGGCGGGGAAUCAGAUGGCAGCUAUUGCACGAAAGCUCAAGUUGAUCUUACAAGCUACCGCCAUGGCUGCUGAAAACACACCCACCCCAACGACUGCGGACAUCAUCUUCACUACCCUCCUCCUACGAUCAAUGGACGACUUCGCUUUGAUAAACCCUAUCUACGCCUCUCUAUUUACUAAACCGAACCCCCCCGCUAGAGUGACCGUGGCAUGCGGGGAUACCAUGCCGCCCGACGUGGACGUCCUCGCGUCCUUCGUCGUAGACAUGCUUCCACGCGAAUAUACCCCUGGAACCUGGGUCAAUGCAGCGUUACAGCAUCUAUGGCGGAUUGGGAGAGCCAUGGAGGCGGAUUGGUGGUUGGGCGCUGUGGCGUUUCUAGCUGGAGAUGAGAAUAUCUUUGCAAAAGCCAAGGCUGCGUGGGAUAUCUGGGAGCAUAUGAACCGCGAUCCAUCGUCCCUGACGGCUGGGGCCAAGGAAGGUGAUGGAAAUGAUGAUGAGACGCCAGAAUUCGAUUGCUGGGAUAUCAAGUACGGAAACCAGCGGAAUUUAGGGAACCUUUCCUCAUCGAAGGGCGUGAGGAAAAGUCUGCCAAAUUUCGAUGUGGUCAGGGGAUCUGUUUGCACGCCGCCAUUCUUCGCAGUACAGGUCGCUGCGUUGCCACGCGCAGUUGAUAUUGAAUGGCAGGGUCUAGGGACAAGGUCUAAUCUCCUGACCACGUCCGAAGAAACACAAAUCAAUAAUAGGCCAUGGACAUUGGAGCAUUCACAAGGUGCCGGUGUGGGGUCGUUCUACUAUAUGGGAAUUCAAAACGGGGAUGCACAGCCCACCCAGGAUGAUUUGGAAGCGCAUAUACAUGACGCGAUAGAAUUCGUGAAAGCAAGAGAAAUUGAUAUGCAUGGUGAGAAUAUUGAUCAUGUUUACUCGACAGUAUAUACGUCUUACCGUCUGAGAGGCAGUUUUUGGCAGAUGGGACAGAUUGUGCCCUGUAAGUCUGUCUGGGGCUCAAAGGGUUCGAGGCUUGCUGCUGGUAUUGUUGUUCAUGUCCGCUUAAGGGGGUGA